GAUUGAAACAUUGUUCCAGGAUCAACAUGGAUGGUGCACUUGGAGAAAUCAUGUUAACCAGGGAGUAUUAUAGGGGGAGGAAGGAUAAAAGAGGCUGUGUUUAAUGUAAAUCUGCUUCAUUCUCUCUCAGACUUAACCUUAUGAAUGCAUCCAAUUCCAUUUUAACUAUAAUAAUAAUAAUAAUAAUAAUAGUAAAAAAUUAAAAACUAGUGUACUGUAACAGAAAGGAUCUACAUAUAGGAUCUACAUUGAUUAUAUGUUUGAAAAAAAAUUAGAAUCAGUAAUCCUCUUGUCAUUGCCUUGCAACUGACAGAUUAGAAUCAGCCGUUUCGCUAAUUAGUAUGGACGUGACAAGAAGCAUCCAUAAUUAACAAACAGCCAGUGCCAGCUGUGACCUGUUUCAGAGAUGCAAUUCAGUGGCCUUUCUAAAAUAAAUCCUUACCCUACAUAACUUCUCCUUAAGCAAACAUUUAAAUUCCAACUAGACGUUUUGUAUAAAAAUCUACUUAAGAUGAGGGUAAACACAAGACAAGUUACUCUUAACCUCAUGAGAGGUGAUUCUUGUUAUUGCAAUCAGUCCCACGUGGAGAAAUGUCACAGUCUUAAUUUAGGCUGGUAGGGUACAGAGGUGUGCCCCUCAGCCCCCACCCCCUGCCUGAUCCUAGAAGAGGUAGAUAUGUGGGAGGUUCAGAACGGUUAGAGAGAAUCAGUUUCUAGGGACCUUAAACAAGUUGAAACCUGACCUGUACAAAGCAUCAUGGGUGGAGCGGUUGUAGACACUGGUGACAGUGGGGUCAAGGCACCUGAUGGAGGAUGGGGUUGGGCAGUCCUCUUUGGCUGCUUCGUCAUAACAGGUUUCUCCUACGCCUUUCCCAAAGCGGUCAGCGUCUUCUUCAAAGAACUUAUCCGGGAGUUUGGCGUAGGCUACAGUGACACAGCUUGGAUCUCCUCCAUACUUCUUGCAAUGCUUUAUGGCUCAGGGCCUAUAUGCAGCAUUCUAGUGAACCGUUUCGGGUGUCGUCCUGUGAUGAUGGUUGGGGGCCUUUUUGCCUCACUUGGCAUGAUUAUGGCAUCCUUUUCAACAAACAUCAUCCACAUUUAUCUCAGCACAGGAGUAAUAACCGGUUUGGGUCUUGCUCUGAACUUUCAGCCAUCCCUCAUCAUGCUGAACAGAUAUUUCAGUGAGAAAAGGCCCUUGGCUAAUGGUUUGGCUGCAGCUGGAAGUCCCGUGGCUCUGUGCUGUUUGUCUCCUCUUGGUCAGGUUCUUCAGUACAAGUAUGGUUGGCGUGGAGGUUUUCUAAUCCUUGGAGGGAUUCUACUGAACUGCUGUGCAUGUGGGGCUCUUAUGAGGCCUUUGAAAGCACCCAAAAAAACAAGCGAGGUGGAAGAAAAGGAAUCCAAACCAAAGGCCAAGCUUCUUGACUUCACUGUCUUUAGAGAUCGUGGCUUUUUGAUUUACACAGUGGCUGCAGCCAUUAUGGUGCUGGGUCUUUUUGUGCCUCCUGUGUUUGUGGUAAGCUAUGCCAAAGAACUGGGCAAUGAGGACACAAAGUCUGCCUUGCUGCUCACCAUACUAGGGUUCAUCGAUAUCUUCGCCAGGCCAACAUGCGGCAUCAUUGCUGGGCUCAAGUGGGUUCGACCACGAUGUGUUUACCUCUUCAGCUUUGCUAUGAUCUUCAAUGGAACGACUGACAUUAUCGGCUCCAUGGCCAAAGACUAUCCAUCUCUCGUGGUGUUCUGCAUCUUCUUUGGUAUCUCCUAUGGCAUGGUUGGAGCCUUGCAGUUUGAAGUGUUGAUGGCCAUUGUGGGGACAGAGAAGUUCUCCAGUGCCAUCGGAUUGGUGCUGUUGGUUGAAGCCAUGGCUGUGUUGGUGGGACCACCUGGAGCAGGUCGUCUUCUGGAUGCCACAAAGAAUUACAUGUUCGUCUUCCUAUUGGCCGGGUGUGAGGUGGUCCUCUCAGCCCUUGUGCUCGCCAUCUGCAACAUGCUCUUCAUCAAAAGGAAACCCCAGCAGCCUGACCCUCCAGCCAAGCUGGAGCUGGCUAUGACCGAGACUGAGAUGGAGGAGCUCAACAAAGCACCAAAGACUGACCAAGACAAUGGAGGGGGUGAAAAUGGGAAGCAAGCCACUGAACAGGAACCAAUGUCUGGAACUCAAAAAUCUGAUGAUAAAAAGGUUGAGUCUGAAAGCAUAGGGGUGGACUCGAUAGAGGUGGAGAACGCUUCUAAAAAGGUGACUGAACCAAAUGGUGUGGUUGUAGAACCCGAAUCUUCUCUGUGAAAGUACUAGAACAAUAGGUAUGACAGAGCUUCCCUUGUAGGACUCAAGGAUGUGCGUUGUUUGUUGUAGUGUAUGCUUUCUGUAUCGCGCUUCAAGUGUGGUUGCAGAGGACCGCUUUUAGACCUGCUCUGCAGUUCAGAUUCAGCCUUUUUUAGGCUGACCACUGCCUUGCGUGCUAGCAGACAUGUCAGGAUAUGUUCUCGUUACAAAAAUGGAAUCGAUUUAUACUGUGGCACCAGAUUUUUGGCCAGUAAACCCUCAGAGCAGGUCACCAGCAUUAUACUGAAUAUUACCAGCUUGCUUCUUUGUGGCACUCAGUGUUUGCUAAUGGAUUGUUGGUUCAUAGCCUCUUCAUCUACUGUAACAUUUUAAAGUGGUCCUGGGAGAGCACAGGAAUGUAUUGAAGUCCUGUAUUUCAGAAAAUUGAAGUGACAUACAAGUUAAGAUCCUAGUUAGUCUUUUAAAUUGGACACGUUCUUGAGGAAUAUAGAAUUCAGACAUGCUUGCUGUUUUUUUUUUUUUUUUUUUUUUUUUUUUUUAGUACAUAUUGGAGGACAAAGAACUGUUACAUAUUUUUAUAGAGUAGUUUUCGCUAUUGAUAAUUUUAACUUGUAUAGAUUCAGUAUUUAUAUUAAAGUGUUGCGGUCAGUUGGCAGUGCACUUUAUAUUUAUUUAGUAUUUUAUCCAUCUAAAUGUCAGUGUUUUCAAACCAACUUCAUCAUUCAGAAGAGGACCACAGCUUAUUCUUGUGAUUUAUGAUGUAACUGUUCUUUUCAGUUCAUUUAAUUUUUUUUUUUAAAUCCAAAUGGUACAAGAUUUCUGAAUGGUGGUAUGGGUAAACCCCUUCUAAACUUUUACCUCGUCUUUGUUUUUCACCAGCACUGUGUGAGUAGGGACCUUGCUUUACUGUUCUAAAGUGACUUAAACUGUUUUUUUUUUUUGGUUGUGCCUUAAGUCUUGUAGCCAUUAAAUUUGUGACUCAUUUUAGAAAUAAAUAUCCUUCCCUCUCCACUA